AUGAUUCCUCCCCCCUCUCAAGAUAUCAUCGCCUGGCUAGUGCCGGCGCCCAACUGCCCGGCCGCCGAAGAGGCCGUACACAUGCCCGAGAACGCGUCCGGCCUCGUCCCCUGUGCCGAGACCGACUUCCUCCGCUCCCGCAUCCGCACCAGCCUCCUCGCCGACGGGCCGCCGCGGCACGCCCUCGCCCUCACCUUCGCCGCGCAGCCGCCCCGGCGCCGCGGCCGCUUCGUCCUCGGCACCGACCCGCGCCUCUGCGACGUCGUCCUCCCGCGCCUCGACGGCAUCGCCCCCCAGCACUGCUCCCUCGGCUUCGACGGCCUCUCCCGCCUCACCCUAGACGACUCCUCCGAGGCCGGCACCCAGGUCUGGUACGACUGGGACUGCGCCGGCGACUUGUGCGGUCACUCGUGGCCGCUCACUGGCGGCUACGCCGGCGGCUUCCCCAGCGACGUCCGGUGCAUCACCGUGGACAUCCAGGGCGUCCGCUUCCAGGUCGUCGCGAACGACCACUCGGCGGAUAGGGACGCCUUUGCGGCCAAGGUCGACGCGUUGUGCGCGCAGGCGGAGCCUGCCGCCGCGCAGCUCGAUGCGCUCUGGAGCGAGCCUCCGUUGUGCAUCUCGCCGCUACGCACACUUGCAUUUUCUGCACUUCCUGUCCUGAGGCACAUUAUCGUCAAGAGUCUGGGAAGCAACUCGGACGGCGAGGUUUAUCUCUGGGACAUGGAGCGGCCGUGGGAGCCCAUGGUCAAGGCCUCUGCGUAA